ACAAGACCAGUCCAAUCAAGAAACGAGACUCAUCAGACACCAUCAGUACUGCGACUGAAGACACCGCGCACUGUGGCCCUUGAUUCUCUACGAUUUCAUCUGAUGAACUGGUGAAGCCUACAGCCAGAGGCAGUCCGUCCUUGCAGGCCACACGCCCAAGUGCUUGCAAGUGUUUGACUUUCUAGAAUGCUACUCAAUUGCCGAUACGACUAUUCGACCUGUGCAGGUCCGUAGUUCUUCCCCGGGCCCGCAUGUUACCCUGACGUUCCUACCGCUGGUUCCAUCCUCGCACUCACCUGCCUACCCCGCCUCUGAUGAUCGUCUAUCGUACGUCAAUUAUGCUUCAUGCCCCACGAGCAAACGAGGCAUGAUACCCGAUGCAUUUAGCCAUAGUUCGCUGAGUGAAAGACACUCCGAAACAACAUAUAAGUAUUUAGUAUCAGGCAUGCCCUUUCCCUAGAUCACAUACACCGCACGUCAUGUCUGCUUUGAGCUAUCCAAAGCUUGCCCUGCUAGGCCUUGUUCCUUUGGCACUUGGUCAGGGAGGCUUAGUCAUCAAUCCAAAGAAUGCUGGUCUACAACAAGCCGGCAGCCAUGCCUCCUCUGUGCCAAUCGAUCUCUCGGGCAUGGUCAAUAACCGUGCCUUUGCCAUGACACCUGGCGAUGCUGAUUUUGACGGCAUACAUUCUGGAUACCCGGCUCAAUUUUUGCCAGACAGCAACUUCACCUAUGCAGGCGUCAAUUACAUAUUCCCCCAAUAUAAGCAAACGGGCGACGAUAACGUACUUGCUCAGGGCCAGAUUGUUACACCCUCUCAAGGAAGAUACUCUAGUAUCUCGAUGCUUGUAGCGGCGGAGUCUGCCGUUGCUACUGGCUACGUGAACGUUACCUAUACCGACAACACUACCUCCUCAAGUCCAAUCCUUGUUGAUCCAUUCUGGUCAUGGCCGUAUCCAUAUGGUGGUGAUAUUGUGUUUCCAUAUUACCUGACUAACAGCAGCGUGGACUACAAUCGCUCUAUGAUAUAUCAAUCGGUCAAUUGGCUUGAUUCGACAAAAGAGGUCUCCAGCAUUGUGCUACCCAAUGUGACAUCAGGUGCUGCAACUGGACCUGGCGGUGCUGCUCAAAAUACGAGGUUGCACAUUUUUGCAGUCUCGCUCGUCACAGCGACUGGUUCCGGAAUUAGCCUUGAGAUUCAACAAGCGCGUUCGACUCAACUCUGGAUGGAAGGCACGAAUAAGACUCAAAUUUUCGAGGCUGUCGUUGUCAAUACUGGAAAUGACUGGAUCUUGGCAAACAACAGUGUCAAGGUUACUGUCGAAGCUGCAGGCGUCACAACUGUGCAUCCGGGUAUCAUCAACAGACUUCGCCCUGGAGACAGAGCUACUGUCCGCAUCGGUGUUAUCAACGCUGGCGGAACACAACCUGGUACUUCGGGUGAGGCCACCUUGCGUAUCACAGGCGCAGGCGUGCAAACAAGCUCAAGUUUCAGCGCAACCUUCGGCAUCUCAACUUACGAAGCCACAUACGAGAGCAUCUAUAGUCAUGAGAGCCCUCCUUGGUACACUGGCGGCAAAUACGGCAUUUUCAUCCAUUGGGGAGUCUACGCUGUCCCUGGCUGGGGCAACUCUGGAAAGAAAGAGCAAUAUGCAGAGUGGUACUGGUGGUACAUGAACCAGGGCAAUGACAGUUCGAACUCAGCCGACUUCUAUGAGUACAAUCUCGAGACAUACGGCCAGGAUCAUGUCUAUGAUGACUUCAUCCAGAAUUUCACCACCGAGCAUUACAAUCCUAAGGAGUGGGUCGAUCUGUUCGCUGACGCUGGAGCUCAAUACUUCGUCCAGGUGUCGAAGCAUCAUGAAGGUUAUGCCCUCUUCGAUAUCCCAGCCAACAUUACGAUGAGAACCAGUGUUGCCCAAGUACCACACAAGAACCUGCUGCAGAUGCUGUUCGAUGCUGCCGAGCAGUACCAACCACACCUCCACAAAGCCACGUAUUUUUCUUUACCUGAAUGGUUCCAUCCCGACUACAAGAAGUAUGGGUUCGGUGAAGCUGAUGGCGCCGGAUGGCCAGGCGGUAAUGCCACCAACCCUUACACCAACGAGACACUGGCCUACACGGGUUAUGUGCCAGUGAAUGAUUUUGUCUCGGACCUCAUUCUUCCUGAAAUGCAGAUCUUGGCUCAGAUGGGUACCGAGAUCAUGUGGUGCGACAUCGGAGGGCCUAAUCUCACAGCCGAGUUCUCUGCUGAGUACUUCAACAACAUGGCAGCUCAGGGUAAGCAAGUCUUGAUUAACAACCGCUGCGGUCUUCCAGGCGACUUUGAUACACCCGAGUAUGCCCGUUAUGAAGCUGUGCAGAUGCGCAAGUGGGAAAGUAAUUUGGGCAUGGACCCCUUCUCAUACGGAUACAACAGAGCGACGCCAAUUUCUGCCUACAUCAAACCUGCUGAUAUAGUUGCAUCUUUGAUCGACAUCACCAGCAAGAACGGCAAUUUCCUGCUGGACAUUGGACCCCAGGCCAACGGCACAAUCGUCGAUAUUGAGAAGCAGAAUCUGAGAGCUGCGGGUAAGUGGAUCAAAUCCCACGGAGAGGCCAUCUUCAACACUACGUAUUGGUUCAUCACUCCUGAAGAAGGAGACACUGUCCGCUUCACGCAAACACCCAAUGCCUUCUACAUCUUAACUUUAUAUCCACCAAACUCCACGCUGGUCUUGGACAGCCCUGUGCCAUACGUCACUGGCGAUCAAGUUACUGUCGUGGGUGGUAACAUGAGUGGCAGUGUCGUACCCUCGAAAUUGCUCAGCAAUGGGAGUUUGGAGCUGACCAUUAGCGAUGCUGUGAUUGCUGGUGAUGAGUACAGCUGGGUAUUCAAAAUCAUGUUCGGUGGCGUCAACACGAUGGGUAAUUCGACAUACACCGGAAGCGCUCCUCCCGCUCAGCAGACAACCAACGAUGCCGGCAUGUCUUCUGCUGAUUGGACAAAAUUCAUCCCGUCUGCGGUGCUUGGUAUCGUCUUGUGGCUGGUGUAGAUGAUUGACAAUCGUGGAAAACCGAGAGUGUUUUCCAGGACGAUCUCGAAUGCCCAGCACCCUCUGAUCUCUUCGAUUCGCAUGUCUGCCGCCGACACGCUGUGCAGUCAGAGCAAGGAAGCAAAUAGAGGCCACGGUGAAUAUCAGUAUGUUCCAAUGGCAGCCGCCCUUCACAACGUAAAUAGCAAUUGGUCCAAGCACGGCAGUACAAAGUACAAAUAUGUCCAAAGUGUAAACGAUGUCCGAAGUUGGUGUUUUGUACGCGAAUAGAGGAGUUGGAAUCGUGAGAGUCAUCUUUCAGAUGUGUUGAAGGAGAUUGUGGUCAAUGGAGCUGGA